AUGCGUCACGAGAACGGCAGUGGUGACUCUGCUCUUGACGCGACCACCACUGUUCCCAAGAUGAGCGGCUUAGCGGACGAACUCCUUGCAGAUCUCGAAGGCCUCGAAGGCGGCUCUGAAGAAGAGGAAGCGGGAGAGCAGCCAGAGGCCGGCCCCUCGACAUCCAACGGGCUCAAACGCAAAGCCGCAGGAGAUGCAGACCAGGACAUGUCUGAUGACGACGACGACGCAGGCGAGGGCACUACGGGUGCUGAUGGUAAACGCGUCGAGAUCGGAGGUCUGGUGCUGGAGGGCGGCGUGAAACCAGCGGAUGAGUUGGAUGCAGAGGACGUUCAACGUAUGGAACUGGGAGGGAUCGAGGACGUCAACAAGAUUGCCAAACUCGAGGGCAGCAAGAGGAUGAAUGACAUUCUCAAGGAUAUUGAGAAGUACCAAGCAAACCCAACUCCGGCCGCGCAGAUGGCCCUUCCUGCCCACUUGAACCCAGAAUACAACAUUAUUGUACAAGCGAACAACUUGUCAGUUGACGUUGAUAACGAGAUUCUUCUCGUACACAAGUUCAUCCGUGACCACUAUGCACCACGAUUCCCGGAACUUGAGCAGCUCGUAACGGACCCUGCCAUGUACAUCCGAUCCGUGCGCGCACUAGCCAACAGUGGGGAACUUGCCAAAGUCGAUCUCACUGGUGUCCUUCCGCCAGCCAUCAUCAUGAGUGUCGUUGUCACGUCCACCACCACUCUGGGCAAAGUUCUCUCCGUCGCUCAAUGGGCCGCCGUUCAACGCGCCUGUGAUCUUGCCGACCGCUUGGAGGAGGCUCGUAAAAAGAUAUUCAUCUGCGAAACUCCUUGGGGAUGUAAUGCGCAUCUCCUCGGUGCGCAGAAAAAGAUCACGGCUGGCUUCUCGACUGCAACACAGAAGCGGCAUACAGGGUUCAUCUUCCAGUCGGAGCUCGUUUCCCAGACGCCGCCUGAGUAUCAGCUGAAGGUCCAACGAACAGUCGGCGCGAAAUGCGUGCUGGCUGCGCGUAUGGAUCUUGAGCGGUCAAGGAGAGACGGCACGUACGGAGAGAGUCUUCGCGACAAGAUUGAAAAACACAUCGACCGACUCGCCGCACCGCCACCCUCUAAAGUUGUCAAAGCUCUGCCCAUCCCGAACGACGGUCCAAAGAAGCGCCGCGGUGGAAAACGUGCUCGUAAGGCGAAGGAGGCAUUUGCGCAAACCGAACUCCGGAAGCUGCAGAACAGGAUGGCGUUCGGCGAAGCCGAGGAGGAGGUCGGUGCGUUCGACCAGACCAAGGGUAUGGGUAUGAUCGGGGUGGGCACGGGCAAGGUUCGUGCUGGGGCCGGAGAGGCGAAGAGCCGAGCCAAAAUGUCGAAGGCGAACAAACUACGCACGGCCGCCAUUACGCGUUCGGCACAAGCUGCGCAGAGCUCCGGUACUGCAACAUCUUUGAGUGUGACACCGGCACAAGGGUUCGAAUUGACCAACCGCGCGGCUGCAACACAGCGUGUGAAGGAAGCCAACGAGAAGUGGUUUGCUGGUGGUACUUUCUCAUUUAUUGGGAAGAAGGGUGCCUAA